GCUCCCAUUGGCUGCUCCAAAAAUGCCCCCAAAUGUCCCCAAAAGCACCUCCCAGUCCCUCCCAGUUCGUCCCAGUUCGUCCCAGUUCGUCCCAGUCCGCGAUGCUGCCGCUGCUGCUGGCGGCGCUCGGCGCUCCCGGGGCAGCCCCCUUCGUGCUGCAGGUGGCCUCGUGGUGCUCGCUGGCCGCCGACGGCUCCUUGGUGGCCACCAACGGCUCGCAGGAGGUGCUGGUGGCCCUGUCCCAGAUGCCACUGGUGUGCGGGGACCUGCGGGGACCCCGCGCUGGCCCCUGCCUGCCGGGGGGACCCUUGGGGAUACUCGGGGACAGGCUGGCGCGGGCGCUGGACGGGGACAGCAGGUGGGGACAGCGGCUGCGGCAGCGCCGGCGCCUCUGCCAGGAGCUGCCCGGGAGGGUGUGGCCACCGCUGAGAGCGCCACCCCAGCUGCGCAUCGUCCCCGAGCGCUCGGGCCCCGCGCUGGCCCUGGCGUGUCACGCCUGGGGCUUCUCCCCCGCCGAGAUCACCCUGAGGUGGCUCCGCAACGGGGACAUCGUUGGGGACACCGUCGGGGACGUGGUUGGGGACACAUCGCCACCCCAGCUGCGCAUCGUCCCCGAGCGCUCGGGCCCCGCGCUGGCCCUGGCGUGUCACGCCUGGGGCUUCUCCCCCGCCGAGAUCACCCUGAGGUGGCUCCGCAACAGGGACAUCGUCGGGGACAUCGUCAGGGACAUGCUGCGCAUCGUCCCCGAGCGCUCGGGCCCCGCGCUGGCCCUGGCGUGUCACGCCUGGGGCUUCUGCCCUGCCGAGAUCACCCUGAGGUGGCUCCCCGCCUCCACAUUGCCCCUAAAUGUCCCUUUCUGUCCCCAAAUGUCCCCCCCAGCGCCACCCCAGCUGCGCAUCGUCCCCGAGCGCUCGGGCCCCGCGCUGGCCCUGGCGUGUCACGCCUGGGGCUUCUCCCCCGCCGAGAUCACCCUGAGGUGGCUCCGCAACGGGGACAUCGUCGGGGACACCGUCGGGGACACCGUUGGGGACAACGUUGGUGACACUUCGGGACAACCGCGGGCGCUGCCGGUGGGGGACGGAACCUUCUGGGCGCGGGUGUCGAUCCAGGUGCCACCGGGGACGUCUGGGGACACUUUCGAGUGCCUGGCGCUGCACCCCAGCCUGGAGGAGCCCCUCAGGGUCACGUGGGCCCCGGGAUUGUCCCCAAGGCUGUCCCUGCUGGUGGCGCUGGCGGUGCUGGCGCUGCUCCUGGGGCUCCUCCUCUUCACCUUCGGCCUCAGCCGCUACCUCGGCUCAGGUCACUUUCCCUUCCCUGGCGACACCCACGCAGGUGAGAGACCCAAUUUCACUUUUUUGGUCAUUUUUUGUCUCUUUUUCUCAUUUUUUUAUCCUUUUAAAAUAAUUUUCCUCCUUUUUCCUCCUCUUUCUGUCCCUUUUUUGUCCUUUUUUGUCCUUUUUUGUCCUUUUUUCCCCAUUUUCUGUCCCUUAUUCUUCAUUU